AUGAGAGGAGACACUGCAUGGAGCAGGUGGUACAGACUGAUUGCAGUGUUUCUGGUGAUGCUGUGUUUACUGCUGACUGCCGUCAUAGUGCUGUGGAUCAAAUACCCCAACCUGAACGAGUCACUGACCAGUAAUAACAACCUGACUAUAGCGAGAGACCAGUUUCAGAGGGAGAGAGACCAGUUACAGAGGGAGAGAGCUGAACUCGAGAGGUUUUCAAAACUGGGAUGGAAUUAUUUCAGCUCCAGUGUUUAUAUCUUCAAUACUGGGCAGAAGACCUGGACUGAGAGCAGAGAGAACUGCAGAGAGACAGGAGCAGACCUGGUGAUCAUAACCAGCAGAGAGGAACAGGAAUUCGUCAAUAAACUGCGGGCUGGAGGACAAGCUUGGAUUGGUCUGAGUAACAGAGAGAACAAGUGGAAGUGGGUGGACGAUACAACACUGAUCACUGGGUUCUGGGAAGAUAAAGAACCAAACAGUGCUGCAGGAGAAGAUCGUUGUGUUAUAACUGGUAUAAAAACUGAUCCUGUGAAGAACUGGGCUGAAUAUCUCUGUAAUAAAACGUAUAAUUGGAUCUGUGAGAAGAAAAUCUUUACCUGAACUGCUGUAUGUGAAUGAAAAGCAGUAAAUUGAAUGUACAUGUGUAUCUGUGUGUGUGAGUGUGUUGUGUCUGUAAAAUCCUCAUUACUGUUAAUAACUCUGUAACCAUCACGGUGUCACCUGUUUAUCUUUCAGAGAUUAUUUUUCAUUCAGGUUUGUUUAUGAAACGCUACAGAUUCUACAGUAGUGACGUGUACAAACACCAGAGCUGUGGGGUUUCAUUUGGGAUUUAACUGCAUUUGGACGACUUUACAGUCAUGUGUGUGUGUCAACAUGGCCGCCAGAUUAACUUAGUCUAAUCUAAUUUAGGUGUUGCACCAUUAAUAAAUAAAUAAAUAAAGAUAACUAAAGCUUUCGGUUAUACAGUCGACCCUGUGAAGUCGCGGUUCAGAGUUCAUGGCCUCAGUCGUUCUCAGAUUUUUCCUUUAGAAUCGAACUAAUAAAUGUUCACGAAAACCCAAUAUAUAAUAUUUUUAUGCGCUUUAACUCUAAACUAUUAAAAGAACAAUGUAAUUAACUAAUUUUGUAACAUAAAUAUUAUUGUAAAUUCAGCAAAAUUUCCAUAUAAAAUAUAAUAAUGUAUAAUUUUUUAGUUCUGUAGAGGGAACACAAAGCAACUGUAGAGGAAAAUGUGGCUUGGGAUGGUGAAUUAUUACCGUUUUUACCCUCCAGUACUGAUACCACAGAAAACACUCUUCUUCCGCAAAUUUCUGGGGUCAACUGUAUAUGUUUUUGCCUGUAGCACUGAUUCUGCACAUAAACACAGCAUU